AUGGCAUCGUCAUCCACCCCAAUGAUCGACCCAAAAUACGAUACUGUAUCAUCUGACGAUGAAGAAGACGAAGAAGAAAAAGAAAUAGGUAAUGGCUCUGUUCAUGGAUCAAAUCUGAUUCAGAGUGACGAUUUUAAUGAAAGCAUGGAAGAACAACAACCUCAUGGUGAAAAAGAAGACGACCUAAAUAUUACCACAAAUUAUGAUAAUAUUGACAAAACUGUCAAAACUACAGACGAUGAAUAUGACAGUCUAGUAAAAACAUUUGAUAAUAAGUGUUUUGCUUGGAGUAUUAUUGCAGCUAUUUUUCCUGCUAGUGGCAACCCAACCAAACCAGAAUCAUAUCCACCAUACGAUACUUUGUUGAAUUUUGAAGGAAUUGAUUUUCCGGUGAAACUAAAAGACAUUAAAAAGUUUGAGACCCUCAAUAAUAUUUCAGUAAAUGUUUAUGGGUUAGAAUCCAAUUUCGCAAAUAAUAAAAGGCAAUAUGAAAUAGUUGGACCAUUGCAUUUUACAAGUAAUCGCCAUACCACUCACGUGAACCUUUUGCUUAUAACAAAUGAUAAACAAAGUCAUUAUUGUCUGAUUCUAGACACGUCGAGACUUGUAAGAAGUCAAAAAACAAAAAAUUGUCGCAAAGAAUAUUUAUGUGAUGGAUGUAUACAAUUCUUUGUUAGCGAAGAAAAGCUAAAUAAUCACCAAAAUAACGACUGUUCUCACAUUUACACAGAACUUCCCACAACGAAACCUAAAAUCAAUAAGUUUGGUGAAAUGGUGCCAGAAAAUAUACUAAAAUUUAUGAAUAUCCAAAAAAUGUUACCUGUGCUAUUUGUGAUCUAUGCUGAUUUUGAAAGUUUGCUAAAGCCCAUAGACCAUGCUGAACCUUUCAAUGGAAAUUCAUGUUCCGUUAAAAUUGCUGAACACCAAGCAUAUUCGUUUGCAUUUUACCUUAAAUGCAACUAUGAUGAUUCACUUUCGAAACUAAUAAAAUAUGAAGGACAGGAUGCUCCCAAAGUGUUUAUACAGAAAUUGGAUGAUUUAGUGCAUGAACUAUAUACCAAUCACCUUAAACAUGUUAAACCAAUGUCACCGUUAACAAAAGAAGAAAUUGAAAAACAUGUGAGCGCUACCGAGUGUUACUUGUGUGGGAAGCCAUUCAAUCCUUUCAAUCAUAAGGUGAAAGAUCAUCACCAUCUGACUUCAAAAUAUCUUGGUCCUUCACAUAACUCCUGUAAUAUAAAUAACAAACUCUCAAAUACCAUACCCGUGUUCUUUCACAACAUGAGUAAUAAUUAUGAUUGUAAUCUUUUUAUUAAAGAGCUUUCAACAACUGGUGAAAAAGUUUCAGUAAUUGCACAGAAGAAAGAAAAAUAUAUCACAAUUUCUAAAAGAAUUCUUGUAGAAGAGUCGAAAAAUGGCCUAGAUAAAUACAUAACUCUGAAAUUUGUUGAUUCAUACAGAUUUUUGGCCAAAUCUUUGGAUAUUCUGAGCACAACUUUAGACUCGGAGCAGUGUACAGAAAUUAGAAAGUAUUUCCCAGGUACUAACCACUUUGAACUUGUGAGACAUUAUGCAAGAGCAAUUGAUGUAUGGAACACAUUUGAUUGUAAAUCUAUGAGUGACUAUGCUAUGGUGUACUUAGUAUCAGAUGUCUUAUUAUUGGCUGAUGUGUUUGAAAAUUUUAGAAAAAUAUGUCACAAAGAAUACAAUUUGGAUCCUUGUCACUACAUAACUGCUCCUGCAUUAAGUUGGGAUGCUAUGUUAAGAUACACUGAAAUUGAACUGGAGCUUCUUGUAGAUGUGGACAUGGUACACUUUUUAAAGAAAGGAGUAAGAGGAGGUGUGGCACAAUGUAGCAAACGAGAAGCCGUGGCAAAUAAUCAAUAUGUACCCAACUAUGAUCCACAACAACCCGAGUCUUACAUCAUGUAUCUAGAUGCCACCAAUUUAUAUGGUGCAGCCAUGUGUCAAUAUCUUUCAUAUGGAAAUUUUAAAUGGGUAACCGAUGUUGAAAACUUCAACUGUUUUUCGGUGGAGGAUGAUGCGGAUAAAGGGUAUGUGUUGGAAGUGGAUUUGGAAUAUCCAGCUCAUUUACAUUCUUUACAUAAUGAUUUGCCAUUCUGCCCUGAGAGCAUGGUACCUCCAGGAAGCAAAUGUCCUAAACUUAUCCCAAAUUUCAACAAUAAAACUAAAUACAUUAUCCAUUAUCGCAAUCUUAAACAGUGUCUUAGGUAUGGUCUGGUACUAAAAAGGAUUCAUCGUAUACUAGAGUUUUCGCAAUCACCAUGGUUAAAAAAAUAUGUUGACCUAAACACAUCACUCAGAAACAAGGCCAAAAACGAGUUUGAACGGGAUCUUUUUAAGCUUCUGGUUAAUGCGAUAUUCGGUAAGACUCUAGAGAACGUUGAAAAAAGAAGAGAUAUCCGCCUGUGCACCCGCUGGGAAACAAAAAUUCGUUGGGAGCCAAGGCACUUAUCUCUAAACCAGAAUUCAAGUCUUGUUCCGUGUUUAAUGAGAAUUUGGUGA